GCUUUCUUGUGCACAAUAGAGAAGACGGAAAGAGUGAGGAGAAUUGGAGAGUCUUCAUAGCCAGGGAAGUGGGGACCAGAGAAGGAGUGGGAGACAGAUACAAGGUGCGGAAGAGAUGCAGGACCAUAGGACUUGGAGCUGGGCUUUCCUGGGUCUGCUCAUGAUCAGUCUUCAUCUCCCAGCUUUCUCUGCCAGGAGCAUCAGCUGGACCGAGGAAACAACCCUGCAGGACUUGGGAUUUGACCCCUUGCUUUCUGGAUACCUUUCCUUGGCAGAACCCUUGGGACCCUCAAUACCUGACCAUCCUUGGCUCAAACCAGAUCCUCUGUCUGAUAGCUCAGAGACUAUUGUUCCUUUGGGGCCCGAUGACUCUCUAGUUGACUACUCUUGGCAGCUUGGGAAUUCUAGGCUCCAAGGAUCUCUGCCGGAUAAGGGUGCAUCAGUCCAGGGCCCCCUGCCUUCUGAUGAUACUUGGCAAUUGAUGGCUCACUCAUAUGAUGAUUCUAUGCCUGACAGUCCUUCCCACCCUAUUGAUGCUUUGCCCUCUGUGGCUAGCGGGUCCCAGACAGCAGCUACCCCUCCAGGCUCAGUCAGUUCUUCCCCUGACACCCUGUCCCUCCUUAAGGACACUGAGCCACUUCCCCGUUCUGAUCCUCUAGGGCUUCGGGCAGAAAUCCCUACCCGACGCUCUCCCUGGUCCCGCAUCAACCGAAUUCGUCAGAAGCCUUUGCCUGGUCACCCGUGGGGUACUCAGGACAUCAACCCUGCAGUGUCUUGGGGGAGUCAGGGUCUUGGGACUGGUCGGGGAGGAAGGCCCAUUAGGUUUCCUGUGGGAAGCUGGGGAAUUAGCAAUCAAUACCCAGGUACCAGCUUGGGGAACCAAAAUCAGUAUCCAGGUACUAGCUGGGGGGGUAAUAAUAAAUAUCCAGGUACCAACUGGGGGAUUAACACUAGAUACCCAGGUACUACUUGGGGAGUUAAUAAUUGGUAUCCAAGUAUCAGCUGGGGAGGUAACAAUGUGUAUCCAGGUAACAGGUGGGGGAAGUAUAAUCAAUUUCCAGGGAACAUGUGGGGAAUUAAUAACCGAUACCCUGGAGCCCUCCGCCUUCCCAACUCUUCCUGGAAUGUCCCUCCCAGAUACCAAAAUCAUCCCUGAGAACCUAGAUUCCAGUGGGGUCUGGGAGUGUAUACAUGGCCCUAGAGAGAAAGGGAGAAAUGUGUCCCAGGGUCAGGUGUAAGAUAGGUGGAUUUACUCUGUUCUCAUGCACUUAGAUAUUGACCCAAAUUCAGGCAUCUGAAUUUCAAAUUUUA